UGCGACUCAUUAUUUCCUCGCCUUCCUUUGCGUUUGACACAGUUUGGGACCCUCGCCGUGGAACUCCGUGGAGAACCGCCGCGCGCUGCGCCGGCGGAUGCUACGCCGAGCUCCCAGGCUUCUCGCCGCCGUAAAUCUCACCUUCUCCGCCACAGCCAACCUCGCCCGCACUUCCUACCCGGACCUUCACGUAGCAUUAUUCCACCAUGCGCCCGCCGAGGGCGAGGGCGGCGCCCGCUACCUGCUCGACGGAAUGCCCCACGGGACACGGGCCAGCUCCAUCGUGCGGGCGCUCAGGGAGGACGCGCGCCCCGCCGCGGACGCCGUCGCCGCCCUCCACUGCGCGUCCCUCAAGUCCGGCGCGGUGCUGGACCCGCCCGUGCGCACCUCCCUCCUCACGGCCUACGCCAGGAGGAGGGGCGACGUGUGUGCCGCCCUGGCGCUGUUCGACGAGGCCGCCCGCCCGGACGUGAUCCUAUGGAACGCCGUGCUCGAUACUUUGACGCGUAGCUGCCGCCUGGGCGACGCCAUGGCUCUGUUCCGGCGGAUGGCACGCGUGCUCGGGGCAUUCGAUUCGGCCACCCUGGUCAUCAUGCUGUCGGGGGCGUCGCGCGCCAGAGACGUGGACCUUGGGACGGCGCUCCAUGCCACGGCCGUGAAGAGACGCCUCGACACUGACCUGAACCUUCAGAAUGCUCUCGUGGACAUGUACGCGAAGUGUGGGCGUUUCUGCGCUUCGGAGGCUGUGUUUUGGACGAUGCCGUGUUGGGACACCACCUCAUGGAAUUCUAUGAUUGGUGGAAGCGCGUUCAAUGGACUUUUUGAUGUUUCGGCUUGUUACUUCAGGGAGAUGAUCCGUUUCACGGUUCAGGCAGAUGAGGUCACCCUGUCUUCUGUCCUUUCAGCAUCAUCUCGCGCAGAUGGUCUUUUUUCCUUUGGGAGGUCUGUCCAUGGCUAUGUGGUCAAGCUUGGUUAUGGCGACACUGCAUCUUGCUCGGUGGCGAAUUCUCUUAUAACAUUUUAUUCGGAGCUUGGAUUUACCGAGGACGCAGGGAAUGUCUUUGCAGGCAUUUCCAGUAAAACUUUGGUAUCAUGGAAUGCUAUGAUCAAGGGACUGGUGGAGAAUGAAAAGGUCAGCGAAGCCCUCUUUGUUUUCCAAGAAAUGAUAUCAGGGUACCAGCCAGAUCAUGCCACUUUGGUGACUGUAAUUUCUGGCUGUGCUGAUCAAGGACUACUCUGUGAAGGGAAAGAAAUCCACGGAUACAUAGUCAGAAAAGGCCUUCUGCAUGAGGAGUCUUCUAUAGGAAAUAGCUUACUUGGCUUAUAUAUGAAAUGUCAUGACUCAUUUACUGCUAAGCUUUUGUUCAGCACAAUGCCAGUAAGAGACCUGAUCUCAUGGAACACAAUGCUUUCUGGUUACUCAAGAGAUGUCUCACUGGGAGUAGAGGCUCAAGCUAUGUUCAAAGAGCUGCUUUCUGAAGGUUUAAAGUGCACUUUGACUACUAUAAUUGCUGUUCUUCCUUCAUGCUCUUGUCCAGAAGACCUUAGCUUUGGCAAAGGAGUUCACUCUGUUAUCCUGAAGUAUGGAUUUGUGAGUGCAGUUUCAGUUGUUAAUGCGUUGAUGCACAUGUACAUAUGCUGCGGGGACACACUGGCUGCCUUAGCGCUGUUGGAAAGAAUAAUGUUGGUAUCAGAUAUUAUUUCAUGGAAUACAGCCAUAGUAGGCUGUGUACAGAAUGGACUACAUGGUGAUGCCUUGGAAGCCUUUCGGUUCAUGCAUUCGUCUUUGCCAGUAAAUCCUGACAGCAUUACACUAGUUAGUGUUUUAUCAGCAUGUGGAACUCUUAAACUGCAUUCCCUAGGAAAGUCCAUCCACUGCAUGUCACUGAAGCGCUUGCUUGCAUGCAAUUUGAGGGUGAAGAAUGCCCUGUUAACCAUGUAUUUCCGGUUUGCAGAUACUGAAAGUGCCGAAUCAAUCUUUUAUAGUCCCGGAGAUAUAAAUUUGUGCUCCUGGAGUUGUAUGAUCUCUGGCUUUGCACAGAAUAAUGAUGGCUGGAGAGCAUUGCAGUUCUAUCAGAAGAUUGAAGACUCCGUGCCUGAUGAAAUGUGUACUGUCAGUAUCAUCUGUGCUUGCACUCAACUAGGGGAUCUUAGAUAUGGAAAGAGCAUACAUGGGCAUGUGGUCAGGUCUGAUCUUCAAAAUAAUGUUUUUGUUUCAGCAUCGCUAGUUGAUAUGUACAGUAAGUGCGGAAGACUCGACGUUGCUGUCAGAGUAUUUGAAUCCUCUGCUGAAAAAUCAAUUGCAUGCUGGAACUCCAUGAUAUCAGCUUUAGGAUUUCAUGGGCAUGGGUUGCGAUCAAUAAAACUUUUCUGCAAGAUGAUUCAGUCUGGGAUGACAGCCACGAGAAGUACUUUUAUUGCUCUUUUGUCAGCUUGCAGUCACUCUGGACUCACUGAUGAAGGAUGGGAGUAUUACCACCUUAUGUCAGAGAAAUUUGGGAUUACUCCAACAGACGAACACCAUGUAUGCAUCGUAGACAUGCUUGGACGUGCUGGUCGGCUGCAGGAAGCACAUAAAUUUGUGGAGAGUUUACCAUCCAAGGAAGCACAUGGAGUUUGGGGUGCACUGUUAAGUGCUUGUAGUAACAAGGCUGAACUCAAGAUGGGCGAGUCCAUCGCAAAGCAUUUGCUCUGCCUGGAGCCUGAAAACAGUGGUUAUUAUGUGACAAUUUCUAACCUGUAUGCAAAUCAAGACAUGUGGGAUGGUGCAGUCAAGGUUAGGGACAUUUUGCAAGAUAAACGAUUGAUGAAGCCCCAUGGUCACAGUAUUGUUGGAUAAAGGGUGGCAAAGGAACCAUGGAAAUGGAAGCUAUGCUGUCCAAGAAAAAUUUUAUAAUUGUUACGCUGUUUGUGGAUUGAUCGCUCUUGAACUAAUUUUCAUUCUUGAACUAAUUUUGCAAGUAUGUUACUGGGGAUAAGCAAAACAAAAUGAGAUUUUACUCCAAUGGUUUUCGUCCAUUAAGCAAUAUAGAAAAUUAAAUAAAAUGAACGUGAGGGCAAGCUGUGAUGUAUGAUACUACUCUGUUAUUGUUCUGAGCCAAACAAGCUUAUGUCUGUGAGAAAGAAAAGUUGAAACGAAGUAUGUUAAUGAGCUCAAGUGUUUAUGUCAUAUUAAUUUUUGGGACGCCCUUCAUUACCUCAUCUAGAUUACUUUUCACAAGUGUUACCGGCACUCUAGCAUGAAAUCCAUCUAGUCAUUUCUUAAACAACUGUUUGUUUCAUGUAGGUGGUCCUGUUAACCAGCCACUUAAUCCUAUUUCAUAUUCAGGGAAUAUGUAAUUGACAUCGCUAUCCAGUAUGCGUAGAGGCAAUCUUGUGAUAAUCCAACUUUGCACCAUUCUGCCGACGACCAUACAGCUGCAAUUCUGAAUCUGGCAUUCCGGCACUUGACACGGUUUUCCAGGCUCAUCAGGUGGCUUCUGCUGAAGAUGCUAACCAGAGGUUUGUCUGUACGGCAACGCACUCGAGAGCCAAGGAAAAGCAAAGAUCCAACUGUGUGAAAAUUCUGCAAUGAUGGUACGCUGCGUGCCAAAAUUCGCAGUUUAGGCUGGCAUGCUACAGCUAGUUUUGGUUUGAUAAAUGGAGGAGCAGACAAAUUGGGUGGUUAUAAUUGGGUGUUUGGGCGCAGGCAGAGGCAGACACGGAGCAUGUGGCCGCACUGGAAGCCAGCCUAGAAAAAUACUCUGGAGUGGACAGCCAUUAAUCAUCACCGUCCCUCUCUCUACAACUCCAGCCUGCCUGCUUGCCAGGAUCUCUCUCUCUCUCUCUCGGUCCUCUCUCUGGAGUGGAUCUCUCUCUCUCUCUCUCUCUCUCUCUCUCUGGACAGUCCUUUUUUGGGCAAGAUUUGUUGUCACUGGGCAGUAUUCUCCAGUUAUGUUGUGCACAUGGGGCAUGGAGGAGGCUAUUGCUAGCUGGGAGCAAUACACUAGUACACUAAUAGAUGGGCAUUCCCCAUAGUUGUGUGAUUCUUGUGCCAUAUUUGAUGCAGCACAUCUGAUAAAGACAAUUGCUUUCUGGAAAGGCAGCUGCUGGCUGGCUCUGUCUACAGGGGAGAAUAUAUAUGUGGCACCUGUGUCUGCAGGUUCUUUUUUUAGUUCCUUUCCACAGUAAGGAAGCUGCCAUCUGGAUCAGUUCUGCCCAAAAAGGGGACCAACAAUUAGGAGAUUUUUAACUAAUUUAGAAUGAUUUUAGUCACAUCUUUCCAUUGCAGUGGAUCAUUUUACAAAAAGAGGAGACAGAUAACUUAGAAUAUUGUUAGUCUUGGGGAGGUGAAGAUUAAUGUACCAGUGCCUAUGAUGUGACAUAAUAAUUGGUAUGAAUUUGGAUAAUGUGGCUAGUUUGGGAUGAGUCGAAGCUGUGUAAGACAUUGUUUAUGCCGAUUACCUAAGCACGGCAUUGAUUAGCUUUGCUAAAGAUGUUUGUAUCAUGAAAGAGGAGGGGCGCUUUGGGUAUGUAUGUUUCAUGUGGCAGAGUGCCUCAAAUCAUUCAGACACAUCCUAUGUGUGCCAUUAUUAAAAGCAGAUAAAGAGCC